AUGUCCUGGGAACAGGCAAUAUCGGAGCCACGGUUGCGCACGCCCUGGCCGGUUUGCCGGACCCGAUUCGGCCCCGACUCACAUUGCUCCUCCACAGAAAGAGCCUCCUCGAUGCCUGGAGGAAAAAGAGGAGAGAAGCUCGAUGUGCUGCGGUACGAAGACGGUGCGUCGCAGCCUCGGGGCGGUAUAGAUGUCGAGCUGGUUGAGCAACAGCCAUCGGAGAACGCCGCUUCAGCUGGGAACGACAAAAUCGACCAUCUCAUCGUCUCCGUCAAAGCAGCACAGACAGUCAGCGCCUUGAGACCGAUCAAAGACCGGCUGGGCCCAGACAGCACGAUUCUGUUCCUGCAAAACGGACUGGGCAGUUCGGACGAGGCGGCUGAGAAAUUGUUUCCGACCCUGGACACGCGGCCUCGGUUCAUGCAGGGGAUUGUCUUAACCGGAGCUUGGACCAUAGAGCCAUUUGUUGUCCGGCAAGCAUCUCCGGGCGCCAUUUUUCUGGGCAUCCUCCCACGUAGCGACAAGAACGACGUCGUUGAGAGUUCGCGAUACCUGAGCCGAACCCUGACCCAGGCUGAGGUCCUUGGCGCAAAGGAGGUUGAAUACACGGACCUCUUACAGCGGCAGCUGGAGAAGCUGGUCGCCAACUGCAUCGCCAAUCCGCUUACAGCCAUCCUAAACGAGAACAAUCACAUCCUCGUUCAGGCAGAGAUGCAGCCCGUGAUUCGGUCGUUGAUCGCGGAAUGCGCACGCAUCAUCAGGGCUCUACCGGAACUGCAAGGCGUCCCCGGCGCGCAGGAGAGAUUCGCCACCCAGGCGCUCGAGGAGCGGCUCCUGGCGUAUCUGCCCCAGGUGCAGCACAAUAUCUCUUCGAUGUGUCAGGAUAUCCGGGCGGGGAAGAAGACGGAGAUUGAGUACAUCAACGGAUACCUGGUCAAGCGGGCGAAGGAGCUCGGCGUGCCGUGCGAUCUGAAUGCUAUGCUGUUGCAGAUGGUUCUGACGAAAGAUGCUCUGCUUGCUGAGAGGCGGUAG